AUGGCGCAGUUAGCAACAAGCAAAUUUCAUACCUCGAAAGGCCCCGCCGGAGUCGCCAUCCUGUCACUUGGCCUAAUUAUCUUUAUCGCCUGCAUUUGCGCCGUUUGUGGUAUCUGCCUUAAGAAUCGCAUCCUCCUCGGCUUCCCUCGGCCACGCGGUGAAGCAGGUGAAUCGCUUUUAAGGACGAGUAUUCCCACCGCUUUGGGGAGCUAUGGGAAUGCUGGGAAAAGGGAAAGAGGGCUGGGCGGCCGUGUUUGUAGACCAGCCAUGCUAAUGGGGCAUCAAGGAGGAGUGCCGAGUGAGCGCGAAAUGUCAUUUUUACAACCUGGCGGAAGAAGACAAGGUGGACAGACAGGAACGUGUCCUGGCUCCGGUGUCAGUCCUGCUAUACGGGGUUAG